UCUCUGCGCCCGCAGCGCCCCAGCCCGCGCCCCCCGCGCCCCCGCGGCAGCAAUGGCAGCAGCGGCCGCCGCGGCUCCGGGUUGAGCCAGACCCGGGACUAGGAGGGGCUGAGCCGCGGGGGAUCCUGGAAUCGCUGGGGAGGUGGGGAUUCUGGGAGGAAAACUCCAUUUCCUCCUUUCCCGCCGGCCUCUCCCCUCCACCCAGCACCCCAAAUUUCGAUGUGUCGCCGCCCGGGCGCAGGGAGCUGGUGCUGAGCGAGGCGGCGGCGGCCGCCGCGGCCGGGAAAAUGCUGGGCAUGUACGUGCCGGACAGGUUCUCCCUGAAGUCCUCCCGGGUUCAGGACGGGAUGGGGCUCUACACGGCCCGCAGAGUGAGAAAGGGUGAGAAGUUUGGACCCUUCGCUGGAGAGAAGAGAAUGCCUGAAGACUUGGAUGAAAAUAUGGAUUACAGGUUGAUGUGGGAGGUUCGUGGGAGUAAGGGAGAAGUUCUAUACAUUUUGGAUGCCACCAACCCACGACACUCCAACUGGCUUCGCUUUGUUCAUGAGGCACCAUCUCAGGAACAGAAGAACUUGGCUGCCAUUCAAGAAGGAGAAAACAUUUUCUAUUUGGCAAUUGAAGAUAUAGAAACAGAUACAGAGCUGCUGAUCGGCUACCUGGACAGUGACAUGGAGGCCGAUGAGGAAGAACAGCAAAUUAUGACAAUGAUCAAAGAAGGGGAAGUUAAAAAUUCUAAAGGACAAUCAACAGCUGGCAGAAAAGAUUGCCUUGGCCGUAAAGAGGACUACGCUUGUCCCCAGUGUGACUCGAGUUUUACCAGCGAGGAAAUUCUUGCUGAGCAUCUUCAGACAUUGCACCAGAAACCUACCGAGGAGAAAGAAUUUAAGUGCAAGAACUGUGGGAAGAAAUUCCCAGUUAAGCAGGCUUUGCAAAGACAUGUUCUUCAGUGCCCGGCGAGAAGCAGUCUGAAGGAAUCUUCACGAAGCUUUCAGUGCUCCGUUUGCAGUUCUUCCUUCAGUUCAGCUUCGAGUUUUGAGCAGCACCAGGAGACCUGCCGGGGAGAUGCCCGGUUUGUGUGCAAGGCCGACAGCUGUGGGAAGAGGCUGAAGAGCAGGGAUGCUCUCCGAAGACACCAGGAAAAUGUCCAUGCUGGAGAUCCUAAGAAAAAGCUCAUAUGUUCAGUGUGCAAUAAAAAGUGUUCUUCGGCAUCAAACCUGCAGGAACAUAGAAAGAUUCAUGAAGUAUUUGAUUGUCAAGAAUGUAUGAAGAAAUUUAUUUCAGCUAAUCAGCUAAAACGUCACAUGAUCACUCACUCAGAAAAACGACCCUACAAUUGUGAGAUUUGUAAUAAAUCUUUCAAGAGACUCGAUCAAGUGGGUGCCCACAAAGUAAUACACAGUGAAGAUAAGCCUUACAAAUGCAAGCUUUGUGGAAAGGGAUUUGCCCACAGAAAUGUUUACAAGAAUCACAAGAAGACGCAUUCUGAAGAGAGACCAUUCCAAUGUGAGGAAUGUAAAGCUUUGUUCCGAACCCCAUUUUCUUUGCAGAGACACCUGCUCAUACAUAACAGUGAGAGGACUUUCAAGUGCCAUCACUGUGACGCUACCUUUAAAAGGAAGGAUACCUUGAAUGUUCAUGUCCAGGUGGUCCAUGAAAGACACAAGAAAUACAGAUGCGAGCUCUGUAAUAAGGCGUUUGUUACACCUUCAGUGCUUAGAAGUCAUAAGAAAACACAUACAGGAGAAAAGGAGAAAAUCUGCCCAUAUUGUGGCCAGAAAUUUGCCAGCAGUGGUACACUGAGAGUUCAUAUCCGUAGUCACACAGGCGAGCGUCCCUAUCAGUGCCCUUACUGUGAAAAAGGAUUCAGUAAAAAUGAUGGACUGAAGAUGCAUAUUCGGACUCACACCAGGGAGAAGCCAUACAAGUGCUCAGAGUGCAGCAAAGCCUUCAGCCAGAAGCGAGGCCUGGAUGAGCACAAGAGGACGCACACUGGAGAAAAGCCUUUUCAGUGUGAUGUUUGUGACUUGGCUUUUAGCCUAAAGAAAAUGCUGAUCCGACACAAGAUGACUCACAAUCCCAAUCGUCCACUGGCAGAAUGCCAGUUUUGCCAUAAGAAGUUUACAAGGAAUGACUACCUCAAAGUGCACAUGGACAAUAUCCACGGUGAAGCUGACAGCUAAUGGUAGCUGUAAAGGAAUUAAACCAUUUAGAAGGGCUCCUAAUAUGAAACCCAGAUUUCUGUCACCUGAUUAGCAUAGCAGAAGUAGCUUAAAGUAAUUCACUGGUCUCAUAGUUCUUAUUUGCCUACCUUUAGAGUUUGUAGAUGCUUAUGAAAAAAAGAAAGAAAAGGGAAAGAAAGGAGAAAGAAAGAAAGAACGAAUAUCCUACUUCUACCAAAAAAUGGUACAAGUUUGUAGCCUUGCAGAAUACUACUUGUGCUCUAUUUUAUAAAAUGGAAAAGGGAGUCGUGGCUUUCCUUCUGGGCCACCUCUCUGUAAUGAACUUUAUUAACACUUUUUAUUGGGCCUUUUUAUUUUAUUGUCAUCUUUGUGUGUGCACGUGCUGGUUAUUACAACUGGCUACUGCUGAUUUAGCCAGAAAGAAAUUAAUAUACCAAAAUAUUUCAUUGCAGAUGAGGAUAAGGUCAAGAGUUUUUAAAGCAUCAAGCAUGAUAACAGGAUAAAACUUGCUAUUUUGUGAAACAGACCAAAAGUUGAUCUUAUUUAUAGCUCCCUACAAUAGUUCAGUUUAAAAUAAAGAGAUAUUUAAGAACUAAAGCAUCUAUUGAAUUAUUUUCAUUUUAGACUAUUCUAACAUUAUUUCCUCUAAUCAUUUAGAUACAGACACUCAUGGUCUAUAGUACUUUCAUAAGAUCUGUACAAGACCGUACAUUUAAAUAUAUAUCGAACUGAUCCUUCUGAGUUUAUACCAGUUAUCUUUAGAAAUUUACAAUAUACAAAUCUAUGUAACUAAAAAUUGAAACAAAAUAGGUUCUCAGUAUUUGUUGACUGACAGUGUCAGCCCAUAGUGGCAUUACAGUAUUAGUUAUGAUGAACCCCUAGCCCUUUACCUUCUCAUUCAGAACAUGUUGGUGCAGAUACAAUAGAGUCCCCAGAGCAUUAACAUUCUGUUUUGCAAAAGACAUUUUCCAGAAUCUUGGCAGUAUGUGAUUCUGAAACACUCUUGAAUUACCCUCAAUUGUCCUAUAUAAUUAGGAAUCCAGAAUAAAAAGUACAAAUCUGGCAA